AAAAAGUCCCGAUGUGAACGCUUUUGGACAGAGUCCCUCAUAAUUUCGUACCUACGAGAUAACUGCGGGGUCAUCGUCUUCCCCCCAGAGUUCUGGGAUGACCAACAAUCCGACUCGCUGGCCCGUCGGUCAAGGCUGCUCUACUUAGUCACUCACGACUUCACUCCGCCACUUGACGACCCGUUAUUCACGGAUGAUGUCAACAACGAUGCGAUCCUCAGUUUCCUCACUGGUCGGGGCUUCACCUAUUUAGAGGCGAUCGAACAGGACGGGACGAUAUGUUCUUUCGGCGUCUACCUCUUGUGUGUCUGGAGAUUCUACAGAUCUAAAACGGCAGAGCUCGGGAGGUUGCGUGACAGAGUCGUGAGGGUCGUCUACAAAGCUUCACCCUGGCACACCUGGCCGUGAUCAGUAUCCCCUUGAGAACAUCCAAAGUAACAUUGCCAAUUCAACGACUAUCUUAUGAUAUAAGUGCACUUACGUUUUCAUCGAUUCGUACCACGUACAAGUUCUGCAUUUCUCUUCAUAGUAGUAACAUUAGUCCAGUGGUUAACGUGGUCAGCCGUGAUCAGAGAGGUCGCGGGUUCGAUUCUCAUACAUUACUUUCGACAUUUACUAUUUACGUCUUGUUGUAUCGCCUUGUAUACAGUCUGCC